AUGAGUUGUGCUCCGCCUAUGAUUUAAUCGAUUCAAUGGAAAGACACUUGACUUCUUUAAUAGGCGAUUAGUCAAUUAUGAUUGAACCGGUAGAAGAAACGCAGCUGCGUAUGGGAAUGACUGGCAUUACUCAUUUAUGUGGUUGUAACGGGAAUUAUAAUACAAAAUGAAUUUGGUAUAUUAUUGUAAGACACUGGCUCGAGGGACGAGGCUGUCUCAAAUAAAUAGCAGGUAGCAGCGUAUUGAUCGCCAGAUUUAAACUCAUAUCCAAGAAGAGAACUUACAAUUUUGAUUUACAAUUUAAGUGGUUCAGAACAGUAAACGUUUGUUUAUAACUGGUUAAUUUAGGUGGCAGACGUGAAGCGUGUUUAACAAUUUAAACCAUUAAAUCGGAAUGUAUAUAUCAACGACGAUUGCCACUUUAGACCUGUGUUUAGAUUGUACGUAAAAUUUAUAUUCUUAAAUCAGCUGUAAUCAAAGAGAAGGGAUCGUUUAAUGUAAACAGUUGGUUGAUUGCGAUAAGUGAUGGAACGCAGCUUAGCAAAUCGAUCAGCGUCGAGGAGUAGAUGCUGCAACUGCGGAAUUAAAACAGUGCAGGCUACGAACGAUAAACGAUCUUAUCGCAUAAUAGAGAGAGACGAGCGACAGAGGAGUUUUUUGUCCGUAUUGUCGCGAAGGUCGUCACAGCCGUCAGUAUCCUCAUUUCGAAAGUCCAGUGUUCGUUGCGGUGUGUGUUCCCUUUUUACUGUGAUACUGACUGUGAUCUUUCUGGUGACUUCUGCUGACGCGAAUCGCGGUUUGGACAUGUGCGAGCCCAUUGAAAUCAGUCUCUGCGCCGGAAUGCCUUACAACAUGACGCGGAUGCCUAACCACUUGCACCAUAGCACACAGGAGAACGCGCGGCUCGCCAUAGAGCCCUAUGGGGACCUCGUGAAACAGAACUGUAGCGCCGAACUCGUCUUCUUCCUGUGUGCCAUGUUCGCGCCCAUCUGCACGCCGAUGUUCCAGAAGGAGGCGAUCCCGCCGUGCCGCUCGGUCUGCGAGAGCUCCCGUCGCGGCUGUGAGCCGCUUAUGAAUAGGUACAACUUCUCAUGGCCGGAAGAAAUGAACUGUGAGCAGCUUCCGGAGUACGACAGGGGAGUUUGUGUAUCACCGGAAGCGAUCGUCUCGUCACAGUCAAACGGCAGCAAAGAAAAAGACAAUGGGAAGAAGCGCCAUGCACGUGACUGCAAGUGUAGUUCCAGGGUAAAACCGAACCAAGACGUGUAUAUAAAGGGCAAGUACAAUUACGCCAUAGGAGCAUUUGUUCGGCAAAUUACCUCGAUAAGUGACAACACAACCCUCGUGCGCGUGAUGGUCAAUCAGAUUCUUCAGCGCGGGAAAGUGCAUGUGCAAGAGAGGCGCGAGAUCAACUUAUGGGUAAAUUCGUUCUGCGCAUGCCCAACGUUAAAACCGGGGCGGCAGUAUUUGAUUGUUGGUCGAGAGGAUGUGAUGAUGAAUCGAUUAGUAUACACUGAGGACAGUAUGGUGACGAAAUGGCAAGCAAAGUGGGAAACAAAGUUCAAGAGAUGGUUAACGAUGAAAAAGAGGCAGACCAAGGCGAGAAAGAAACCCUGCAAAAACAAGAAGUCGCCCAAAUGUAACCAGAAACCCAAGCGGAAGUGCCGUAUUAUGAAGGUAGACGGAAAGCUGGUUCGGAGGUGCUACAGCAGACACAGGGGUAACAGGCGGAAACCGACCACAGAAAACGAGCCAAUCAGACGAAAACAGCGACCACCUGCGCUGCAAAUGACGAACACUACUACAAACGCCACACGAUAAGACUGCUUUCCUACCGACAUUCUUACGGAUAUUGGCGUAACAAGUCGGCAAAAAACUGACCAUAAGCAUGGAGGCCUACCAACGCAUUUGGUUACACCUAAUAAUACAUAAAAUUGAGAUAAGACAGCGCCAAACGUCCAGAUGAUGUAUACUAGAAUGGUCGAAGUUGAUUGGUUCAGUUUUCAAUGUUAUGCAACAAGCAAUUCGAUUUGACCAUUUUUUGUUUUAAAGCAAGCGUCUAGUGCAAUGAAUUAUUGUGUUGAACUAUUUGAAAAAAUACAACUCUAUAUUUCCGUGAGAUAAGAUGUUGUAUCUUACAUAUAAAGCUGUGCAAUCACGCAAAAACGUGGUGCAUUUGGUGGAGUGUAAAUAUUAUAUAAUUGUGCAUAUUUAUUGUUACAUUGUCAUAUCUGAUAUGACAUAUGAAGCAUUAUCUGUGAUCAUAUCAUUUCACGAAUACUAUAGUAUUAUUAUUGUGAGUAGAAAUGACUACAAGAUGUAAUGUUUGUUGUCGUUUCUACGCUGUGAACAUGUGCCGGAAAGUUUACUAUACAAAAUUUUAAACUGAAACCGUUAUAUAAGACUAUGUAAUAAUUACGAACUGCAACAAUUUAGUUUGACCACUCAGUGUGUAUUCUGUUUAAGCAUAAGUGCAUACAUACUAAGCGCGGUUUAUUAAUUUGUGAUCAGUACUCAGUUCAUUAUUUUGAAUAUCCUCUUUUUGAACCAACAGUAACUGAGAUGACUUUAAUGCCGAACUAGGAAUAGUAAAUGUAUCAAAAAGACAAGUAUUUGAUUUUGUUUUUCUGACUAGAUGCCGAACUAGCAAUAGUACAUGUAUCAAAAUGACAUGUAUUUAUUUUGUGCUUUCCGAUGGUUAAUAGAGAAAUAUCAGUAAAUUAAAAUGAUGUUUCACUGUUUUAAACAGUGAAAAAUAACAGUGAAAAUUAUCGAUAAUUUUCAUUGUAAAGGCAACUUUACAAAGGGAGACUACUCUGCAUUGAUGUUUAUAAAAAAUAUACAGAUUAGCUUUCUUUUAAAAUACAUUGGGGGCGCCCAAUGGGGAAUUAUAUUGUCCGGAACGGCAAAAACAUCAUUUGUAAGCAUAAAAUAAAAAUGAACAUUUGUUGGAUUUGGUGGAUAUCGAUUUUAAUUCACUCGUUAUCAUAGACAAAAAAUAUUGCCACGAUUGGCGCAUCAUUUUCUAUGAUCACUCGGGAAUUAAAAUCGAUAUUCCACAAAAUCAAACAAAUAUUCUCUAUUUGAUUUUGUUCUAUGACUCAUAUAUCAUUGUAUUUAAGCGCUUACAAACUAGAAAUGUAAAAAGAAUUACUGCAGUAUCGGGGACAGUAAUGAGGCAACAGUUAAAUGAAACUUCUAAAGCAACUGCAAUUUGUUUGCUUAAAUAACUUGUAGCUAGAUGUAACAUUUGACGUUCGAAAAAAAGCUGCUGGAAAUACAUAAUUAUACGUGGAUUUUUGUUAUUUUUUAUUAUACUAGGGUAUCCUAGUGAUAGACGGUAAAGGGAAUUUGAAUACUAUGGUGUACGUGUAUAUAACCUAAGUAAUUAAGCAUUAAGAACAUAUGCGCUACAACGCUUAAUGUUAAGGAUGUAUAUUUGCAAUUUUCACAUUUUUAAUGCAUGUAUUCGUGUUUUAAAAUUCAGUUCAAAGGUAUUGUUUCUUAUAGAAACGGCCUAUCGUAUUUAAAUGCAACUCCGAAUUUUUAAAAUAAGGCUUAUUAGGUUUCCACCAGUGUUCGCUAUGGAAUCACACUUUAUUGUCAAUUUUGCAUAUUGGUGUUCCUAAUUCCUAAUUUCAUUUUUAUCCUCAAUUAUGUACAAAGAAUCUUUUCUAACAAAACUGUAUGUUAAUUAUUACGCCAGUUGCUUCGUGUUUAAUAAAAUGAUGUAUUUGAU